UAGAAAUUAUUGAUGGUGAUUGUCUCUCUAUUGUUAAUCUUAGACCUUGUGGAUUCGAUGUUUUGACAGGUGUUAUUGAAAUAUUGUUAAUGGAAUAUCAUGACAUUAACAAUAUCAAUGGAUUUACCAUGAACAAUUAAAACGUACUUGGUGGAUGAAUACUGUGGGAAGAAAUAGAAGUAUUUGUGUUGCCCCGAUUAAUUGGUGAUUAAAUUUUAACAAUGGGAUUGCGAAUCUAGUGAAACGAAUACCAUUAUACUAUUGCUAUGAAGCUAUGUAAUUUUUUCAAAUUCUAAACUACUUUAGUGAAAACUAAUCAACAAUGUUAGCUGUAAAGAACUUUUUUAUGCCCGAGAAGAGGGUGGACUCUCCAAGAUUUUCUCGGAUGCCGGAGGCUCUCAUGAGGUCUAUAAGACGCCGGUCUCUGAGAGUUAAGCGGACGAAGUCUUUAGUACUUGUCAGCGAGAAAAGGAAAUCUGAUUCUUUCGUCAACAGCCAAGAAUGGACAGCGUCGCGAGGGGUGACAGAGCUAAGAGUUGGAGUUUUGGGGUCUCCGGACAGUGGUAAAUCAGCGCUAGUUCACCGCUAUUUGACAGGGACUUACAUGCAAGAGGAGAGUCCUGAAGGUGGCCGCUUCAAGAAGGAAGUAAUCAUUGAUGGGCACAGCUAUCUUCUCCUCAUUCGGGAUGAAGGAGGAUCACCCGAGAUGCAGUUCACGGCGUGGGUGGAUGCUGUAAUUUUCGUGUUCAGCCUUGAUAACGAAAUCAGCUAUAAUACGGUUUCUAACUACUUCAAUAAAAUGUCCCACUACCGGAAUUCCGCAGAGAUUCCGAUCAUAUUGGUCGGCACACAAGAUGCCAUAAGUGAAAGUAGUCCACGCGUCGUGGACGACAAUCGAGCUCGCAAGUUAUCAACUGAACUGCGAAGAUGUUCUUACUACGAAACUUGUGCUACGUAUGGUUUGAAUGUUGAGCGAGUAUUCCAAGAUGCUUGCCAGAAGAUCGUAGGUACACGUCUGUCCUCAUCUUCCCAGUGCUUAUCUGGGGGCUCUAGGCCCGUGACUCCACAGCCCCUUGUAAAUUCUCCAAGCCAUAAUCAUUCCACAUUCCUCUAUAAGGAUUCUCUGCCCCGCGGUCACCACACACUUUCCGCCUCAUCGCAUCACCUCCACCGCGGAGCACAAUCCUUCGAUGCGUCAUCCAAUAGCAGCGGCAUCUCCUCCACACACGUUGUCGAGAUUCACAGUACAAAUGGCUCUGACACUUCAUCUCGAUGGGGCAACUCUCUCGGCAGCCAUGGCUCGUCCUCGGGCCUAGUUUCUAUAGCAACAGAGAACAACAACGUCAAGUUCACCGCUCCACAUUGUCUGGAUAACCUACAACCAGUGAAAGACGCAAAAGAUCUGCCCACCCCUUCGUCAACUCCAACAACUUCACGGAAGACGCGAAGAAGAUCCAAUCUCUUCACUCCUUCGAAAAAAGGCGAUGACAGAUUGAAGAACGGUGAACUAGGCUCUGGUAGAGCCAUUCCUUUGAAACAAGGAUAUUUGUACAAGAAGAGCAGCAAGGCGUUGAAUAAAGAAUGGAAGAAGAAAUACGUCACCCUGUGCGACGAUGGGAGGCUCACGUAUCAUCCCAGCUUGCACGACUACAUGGAAGAUGUCAACGGCAAGGAGAUCUCACUUCAGUACGUGACAGUGAAGGUGCCAGGGCAGAAACCUCGGGGAUCAAAGUCGAUCAUCACCACUGUCCCAGGAUACAAUGGUUACAGCAGUCUGGAUAUCCAUGAUAGCAUUGGUGGACUUUCAUUGGGGUACAAAGAAAAACCAACGCGAGCAACCGAUAAAGCUCUAAUGUCAGCGUUUGACACGAUGAAAGAGCCGGCAUCGAGUCGCCAAUCGCUCGCUUCUGAAGUGGAAGUUGGAUCCACUAAUGGCGCUGAUAAGGACACUCCUCAUGUUAAGAAACGGCAUCGGCGAAUGAAGAGCAGUGGGCUUAAGAAGGAUGGCGAAGAUGACGGCGACGGCGCAACUUCGUGCGAGUUCACCAUCGUAAGCUUGGACGGCAAACGUUGGCGGUGGGAGGUUGGCGCGACAGGCUGCGCUGCGGCUGCAGAGAGAGACGCCUGGGUUGCUGCGGUUGAGGCUCAGAUACUGGCUUCUUUACAAGGACGGACGUCUCGGCUACCAGCGCCAACUGGCGCAAACUCCACAGGCGAUGUCAGAGCCACGUACUACAUCAGGAGGGUCAAAGGCAACGACAAGUGCUGUGAUUGUGGCGCUGCCGACCCGGACUGGGCGAGUCUGAACCUGGGCGUCCUGAUGUGCAUCGAGUGCUCAGGCGUGCACCGCAACCUCGGCUCGCACAUCUCGCGGGUUCGCUCGCUCGACCUCGACGAGUGGCCAUUGAGCCACGUGAGCGUGAUGGUGUCGUUGGGCAACGCUCUCGCUAAUUCGAUUUGGGAAGCAGAUUUACGUGGACACAUCAAGCCUAUCGCUAAUUCUAGCCGGGAAGAGAAAGAACGGUGGAUUCGUCUGAAGUACGAGAGGCGGGCGUUCCUGUCCGCCACUGAGGUUCCGACGGGUCUGGAGGCGUUAAAGGCGGCGAGCUCGCGCGGCGCCGUGAGCACGCUCGCGCGCAUGCUCGCCGUGCCGCCGCCGCGCGCGCCCGCGCCCGCCGAGAGGGCCCUGGCGCUGCGGGCGGCGGCCGCGGCCGGCCAUUUGGCCUCUGCGCAGCUGCUCAUAUGGCACAACGGUAAUCCAAACUACCCGGACGCCGACGGGCACGCCUGCGUAUUCUACGCGCGUGCCGCCGCCAACCACCUGUCGGGAAUACCAACCCAGUAUCCCAAGAACCUGCAGUUGACUUGCCCGCUGCACCCUAACCCACCUUCUCACAACGGCUCGGGAACAAACUCCACUAGCUCAAGUUCCAGUACAAAGAGUUCCAUCAAGAAUCCAGAUCCGGAUUGUAACUGCAUCAUAUUUGAAUUGCUGAACGCUCAAAGCGCGGCGAAUGCUCUUGUCGAGUUACUAAUUGGUUUACAGAACAACCAAUACAUGAACGGUGGUUUCGAAACGAAUGGCGGCGGCAUCAGUAGUUCCUUCAGCCACGGAACUUUAGGCCGACCGUCCAUCGGCCCUAACCUAUCUCUGACCAAUGGAAAGUGUGGCAGUAUCGUGUGAAGUACAUAUUUGUACACUUUAAAAUAUUCUAUUACAAUUUUAGGGGUUUAUAUGACAUGGUUUGUAUUUUCAAACAGUUGGUAUGCAAGAAUUACUAAUGUAAUUCAUAUUGACGUUUUUUAAGACGGAUGUCACUAAUAACCACCCCUUUAUAACCUUGUGAUUUUGUAAUAAUUCAAAGGAUCUGGAAUAUGAAUUAGUUUAUCGCGACAAAAAUUGAAAGAGCUGUGAAUAAUGUGCUUUGUGUAUAAUAUUCAGAGACUUGACAAUUUUGUUGCGUUAAGGAUGGAUCACUUAACACCGGACCGAGUUAGUUGUAGUCUUAGCUCAGGCUCAGUAUCCACCUGACAUUGCCUUUGUCGCAACAUGUACAUUUCAUGUACACGCAUUCACUGUCAACCGAGCUCCCAUACAAACAUACAGGGUUAUUUGUAAAAUACUAACAAGCUCCCAGGACUGUAAUUAUUACUAAUAUCAUAAACUUAAUAAUUCAUCCGAUUUUACUUUCAUACAAUAAUAAAAAUAUUUUAUCUACACACCUACCAUAAUCCUUCUAUGAUAUGUUCCAAAACCGGAAAUUAUGACCAGCAUAAGGAUAAACUGUUUUGUUAGAACAAAUAUGAAAAUGUUAUUAUUGCAUAAAAAUAACAUCGAAUUCGAUUUUAUUAUUUCAUUCAAAUUUCGAACAUCUCUGAAAAACAAAACAAUUUGAUUCGACC